AUGAAGCUGCCAAGUGCAAGGAGAAAAGGACUUCGUAAUAGAAACGAUAAUAGAAUAAUGGCCCUCAAAUCUGUCCUACGUUAUCUGUGGGACGUUUACUCCGCCCCUGCACCGGCCAGCAAGGAGGUCCUCACGCUGCUGUCUCUGUGUCUCGUGAUGGCCAUGGUGACCGGUGGCCCCCUGUACUUGUGGCUCUCAGGGACUCUCCGAUAUGACCGCGAAACCUCCACGAAGACCGCCUGUGUCUACGGCGUGACCGUCUUCUUCCUCUCGUUCCUCUGCCACCCCCUGCGCUGUGUCCUGACCAUGGCCCUGCCGACCCUCUGCAGCAAGCAGGGCCGCAAACUCGUCGUCUCCGCCUCCUUCAUGGUCCUUGUGCUGAACGUGCUCCCCAACGUGAUGGCCAACACGGGGGCGGUGGUGCAAAUCUUCAAAUGCACCUCCGAGGGCUUCGCCAGGACCCUUCUGAAGUCGUCUGACCUCUGGAACAGGGUCAAAGGAGACCUUGCGAGCGAGUCCAUGAAGGUCAAAAGUGAUAACAUGAAUAUGGUCACGUAUCUGCAGAAGUUUGAUCAUUUUACCCAAAUCGACCUUUCGGAGGUCAGAAGCGUGUUUAGAAAUGUCAGUAGACGGAUGGAGACCAACUUUUCACACGCCAGGAAUUUACUAAAGGAGUACAAGUUGCUGUCCAACCGGAUUCUCGCCGCCAUUUUUCUCGUUUUGUUGUUGCUUGAAUCCGCCUGCUACUUGAAAUCCUACCUAACGUCGCUUCAGUUUGACAACGCGCACCUUUCAAAAGAGGUACUGCAAAAAGCAAAUGAUGCCGAACAACAAAUAGCAUCCUCUGAACAGGUGAUCCGUCCUGCAAACUGCAAGAUAACGAAUGAAGAAUGCUCCUCGUGCUUCAUAUCUCUGGUUCUCGUGACUCUGAAUUUCGCUGCCAUGGCCCUCAUGAUCGUUCUGGAUUACGUUGUGUAUCACGUCGUUCAGAUGAAUGUGCCCUUGCUUCUGGAUCUUCCCGCAAUCUCCGCCAGGAUCGGUGUCAGUUUUAAGGUGUACUCGUUCGUCCCCGCCCUUUGCAACAUCCCACAAUACUGCGUCAAACAUCAGCUGACGGACUUCCAUAGGGACUACCUGCUGGCCUUCAGCGCCGAGGCUUCAGGCUGUGAUGUGACUCGUUCGGCUCCAAACCUCAUGAUCCCGGUGCUGCUGGGCUUCCUGUGGCUGCUCAGCUACGGCCUGGUGUUUCUGGAGGUCUACGCCCGACGCGUGCGUCGACAGGUGUGCGCGUCCUUCUUCAAAACGCAGGAAGCGAGGAGAGCCGCGUUCUUGUUGAAGAAAAUACGACUGAAGCAACAAGGAAAGGAAGAGGAGAUCCUCUCUGUGCAGACUGCUCAUGGAUGA